CACAACAUCGUUCACCUCCUGCCAAGUCUCGAAGAAUGCCGCGCCGAGGCAAGCAAGAGACUCAAGGAAGCAUGGGAACGCCGUAGUCUGAACCAGGACAUGCUCGAUGAAAGUAUUAUAUCCGAAAUCCAGCAGACCGUCUGUGAGUGCACCAGAGAUACGCCACCACAGGAACCAAUCUGCACUCUUAAGAGCUGUCUAAAGAAAUUGCCCGAACCUCCUGUCGCGCAGAAAAAGAAGCAGAAGAAAUCAAACAAGAAGCGCAAGAGAACCUUAUCAAAGUCUGAAAACACUUACAAGGACAUGCAGCAAGCUCAUUCUAGAUUGACACCACCAAGCCUCUCUGUCCAUUGAAUGCUACGAGUUGGUGCACAAGGGUGUCCCAACUAUUAUUAUUUCAAUUACUUGAUCUCUAUCUUGUGUUUGCAGCCUUAUCCGCUCAGUCAGAACAACAUCACAGCUCGGUCCCUACAGCAUCAGCAUCAGCAUCAAAUGAUUCUCUAUUCAAAGAGAAUGAAUAACAU